GAGCUGCAGCUGCACGGCUCGGCUCCACAUCUGUUUCCCUCGAUGUCAGCUGAGGGCGACAGAGGGAGGUGUUCCCCUCUCCUCGGUCCUCAAGACUUUCCCUCCGUACACAAUAAACUUUCAUUUUGGGAAAGUCGACACACACUCACACGCACACACUCGCGCACGCACAUCUUGUCCUGCAACGGUUCGCUGCGGAAAAGCUGCGCCAGACUUGACGCGCAUUGUACUUCACGAAAACGCGCGAAGGGAAAACGGAACAAACAUCGGAAGCGCACAGGUGGAGCGUCCUCUCUUCUUUUCUUUCCUCCCCCUCUUUUUUUUGUUCAUGCAAGGAGCUAGGAGACUACACGAGGAGACGAGACAAUGACAGAAUACAGUCUUUUCACCGCCGCUUGUUCGCGCAGUGUGUGAGUUGUUGCCGUCGCUUCCGGUCGCGUUCACGCGCAGCACCUGGAAUGGAACAACUUUAUCUGCCUCGCGCGGACUGUUGUACAAACUCCCGGGGAAGCAUGAAGUAAAACAACAACCCGCAAUGGAGCCGGACAAUGCGCCGUACUCCGAACUCAAAGGCACUGGAGUCGGGGGGAGAAUUCUGAUUCUUUGGACUAUCCUCUGUUGCACCUGCUCUCUACGGCUAGCGCACGCACAAGAUGUGGAUGUUCUGCAGCAGCUCGGUCUCUCCGAGCGAAGAUCGGGCGUGUCGUCAUCUCAGGGCGCUCGAGCCAUCCCCAACGGCAUCAUCCCCUUCAUGUCAGGUGUCAUCCUCACCUCGAGGGCCCGCAUCCAGGCGCCUCUGCACACUGUCAUCCCCGCGUCCUACAGCGCCACCAACCUCUCCCUGAUCCUAAGCCUGUCGGUUCACCGGGUCAACGGCGCCUACCUUUUCUCGGUGCUGACGAAAAAACGCAAAGUGCAGCUCGGAGUGCAGUUCGUGGAGGGUCGGGUCGUGGUGCGCGUGGGCCAGAGGAGCUCCGUGCACUUCGACUACGACGUCCACGAUGGCCAGUGGCACAGUCUGGCUUUGGACAUCCAAGGCCGCCACGUGUCCUUGUACACUUCUUGUGGAAAGGGGAUCGCGCGUGCAGAUUUGCGUUUGAAAAAGGAGGAGGCUCUGGAUGCGGAGGGCUUGUUCCUGCUGGGCAAAAUGAACCACAACUCGGUGGCAUUCGAAGGGGCCAUCUGUCAGUUUGACAUUUAUCCCUCUGCUAAGGCAGCUCAAAACUAUUGUGAUUACAUUAAGAAACAAUGCAGAGAAGCCGACACGUAUCGGCCCGUGUUUCCAGCCCUGCUACCUCUAACUUCCACGGACCCAAACAUCACUGUGCCUCAUGCAAGUCAACUGCCAUUGGCGGAGGUAUCCGAAAAGGCUCAUCGUUCGUCAACGCCGGUCAAAGCGUCCGCGCCAAAACCCGGUGCCUUGUCCGUUUCUCCGCCGGUUCCCCGAGGGUCGGAAAGUCUUUUGGAUUUUCCGAGUAAACAUACCGGCGUGAUGCCACCGAGCCCCGAACCCACUUCCCGUGGCGGUGACGUAAGGAACGCCAAGCGAGGAGAUACCGAUGCUCAAAAAACAUCCGGCGAAAGGAUGGAUUUACCUGCUUCCUUCCGACCAUCCGAGCUGCCGCCAGACCUCCACGCCACAGCCGCUUUCACGCAGAGGUCUUCCCCAAACCCCAAUCUUCACCGGGAAGACCUUUCCACCACAGAAGCUCCAGAGACACCUGAGCCAAAAGCGACCAGUAAAGUCAAACCAACCUCCCUUACUCCAGCCACAGAUGGCCUCCAAAUAUACCUCCUGGAACCGACCCAGUUCUCCCUGCUGGAUGAAGAACCUGGAUUAAAGGGUGAACCAGGACCGUCGGGCCUUCAAGGACUUCCAGGGUUGCCAGGAAAGCCAGGAAAGAGGGGUCCAAGGGGUCCCCCGGGCCCACAUGGAAACCCUGGUCGUUCCGGACCUCCUGGAGUGAAGGGACGAAAAGGAGAUUACGGACAGUCGCCUGGCCACGCCCCAAAAGGACUGGAAGGAGAGUCUGGCGCCGCCGGCCCCCCUGGACUGAACGGCCAUAACGGACAGAAGGGACAAACCGGUCAUCCUGGUCCUUCUGCUGUCCCGGGGGAACCUGGUAAACGGGGAGAUGAUGGAAGCCCCGGGGCCAAAGGCUAUCCUGGCAGGCAGGGUUCACCCGGGCCUGUGGGCAAAAUGGGGCCAAAAGGAGACACGGGUCACAUAGGCAAUCUCGGGCGUUUCGGCCUUCCUGGUCCUGAUGGCGAGAGAGGAAUUCCCGGCGUUCAUGGGAAGAAGGGCAAGAUGGGUAGGCCGGGGUUUUCCGGUGACUUUGGAGAGAGAGGACCUCCCGGCCCUGAUGCGGACCCAGGUGAGCUGGGGUCUCCUGGCCCACGUGGAGUCCCUGGUCUUAUUGGAGACAUGGGCUCCGCUGGCUCCAUGGGCUCACCAGGAAUACCAGGACUCAAGGGAAUACCUGGAAACCCGGGGGACCCAGGACUGAAAGGUGAUAAGGGGGAUGUUGGCUUCGCGGGGGAGCCAGGGGAGCGCGGAUUCCAAGGGGACAAGGGUUUGCGUGGCUCGCCCGGGCUGCCGGGUCCUUGUGGAAAAACUGGACCGCAGGGCAAACCUGGUGAAAAGGGCCCUGAUGGUUCACCUGGUCCUCCUGGCCUCGAGGGUUUCCCGGGUGACAUCGGCCCUCCGGGACAAAAUGGCGCCGAAGGACCCAAGAGAAAGCAAGGGUUACGGGGCUUCCCGGGUCCAAGAGGAACACUUGGUCUUCAGGGUGACGAGGGAGCGGUCGGGCCCGCUGGACUCGCCGGACUCGAGGGCAGGCCUGGGAGGCAGGGAUUCCCUGGACUGACGGGCCCAGACGGACUCAAGGGCGAGAGCGGGACGGCCGGCGAGGUGGGAAAUGUUGGCGAGAGGGGACUGCCCGGCUUCGUCGGGCCCGUCGGAGAGACUGGCGUCCGCGGCGAAAAGGGGGAUCGAGGCAAAACAGGUGGCCCCGGGCCGCCAGGUGAAACGGGGCCGAUGGGUCACACUGGAAGACCUGGGCAGACGGGCCCACCUGGACUGCAAGGCACCCAAGGGCCUCCCGGUUCAGAGGGGUCCAUCGGCAUCAGAGGACCCGAAGGCAGGAGGGGCCCGAGGGGUCCUGACGGCCACGGGGGGGAGAAAGGGUCCGCUGGACUGCAGGGCCCGGAUGGUCCGCCAGGAAAAUUGGGCCUCCACGGGGACGCGGGGAGGCUCGGCGAGCCGGGUGACGCCGGGCCGACGGGGUUUCCGGGCGUUCAAGGACCCUCUGGACCUCCGGGGGCCAAAGGAAUUGCAGGAGAGCCUGGACCAGCGGGGCCACCGGGGACGAUGGGGCCACUGGGGGCGAUGGGCCCUUGGGGGCCGCUGGGGAGGGCCGGAGAGAGAGGACUGCCUGGUGAACUGGGAGAGAAGGGGGACAUCGGUCUACCCGGCAACAACGGGGAGCAGGGUUUGAUUGGCCAGAGAGGUGAGCCAGGCAUCGAUGGGGAGGCGGGGCUAAGUGGACCCGAUGGAGCCAAGGGGGACCAGGGGGACGCUGGCCAAGAAGCCACCGAAGGCGACCGGGGUGAAAUGGGUCUGCGAGGGAAGGACGGGCCCUCUGGGCCUCCCGGAUUGGUCGGUGUCAGGGGUCAGGAAGGUAAACCUGGUAUUCUUGGUGAAAGAGGAAAACCAGGAGAAAAGGGGACCAUGGGUCAACAAGGUCACCUGGGUGAACCCGGGCUGACCGGUGAGCAUGGAGAGGCGGGGUUUAUUGGACAGAAGGGAGCGAGAGGAACCAUCGGUCCACUGGGUGCUCCAGGGAGAAUGGGCCAACAAGGAGACCCCGGCAUAUCAGGUUACGAGGGUCACAUGGGACCCCAGGGCCCCCUCGGACCACCUGGGCCAAAAGGUGAAAAGGGGGAGCAGGGAGACGACAGCAAGGUGGACGGCCCGUCAGGUCCCCGAGGUGGCACAGGUCCUCCUGGAAACAGAGGAGCGAGAGGAGAGCCGGGCGAUAACGGACACAUUGGUGAAAUAGGCAUCGAUGGAAAGAGAGGUGAAGCGGGCGCCUCAGGCCUUCCUGGACACCCCGGGCCAAAAGGACAACUGGGCCUGAGAGGAUCCAAAGGUGAUCAAGGUCAGAAAGGAAAAUCAGGGGCGAGCGGUGCACCUGGGACCAAAGGACCACCAGGUCUGGAGGGUCCUCUCGGCCCGCGGGGGGUCGUGGGCAGGGAGGGACUCGAGGGCCAGUCCGGCAUCGACGGACUGCCUGGUACCGAUGGGACUAAAGGAGUCACGGGCGAGCAAGGAGAAGAUGGCGAAGUGGGUUUACCUGGGAAACUGGGCCAGCCGGCCACAGCUGGUGAGACGGGACUUCCUGGAAGUCAAGGCUCCUUUGGACCGAAGGGUGAGCGGGGUCUUCUGGGCCAAACUGGCACUUCGGGGGAAAAAGGCUCCGUUGGCGGGAUGGGGUUGCCCGGAAAGCGAGGGCAGCACGGACCUGAAGGGCAACCGGGGGAUAUCGGGGAUCAAGGAUUCCCAGGGCUGUUGGGUCUCUUUGGGCCGAAGGGGCCCCUGGGAGACGUCGGCCCCGCGGCGAUACAGGGACCAAAAGGGCCGCGCGGUCUGCUGGGUAUGGAGGGAGCCGUGGGCCCCGCCGGCAUCACCGGCCCCAGCGGUCAUCCCGGACCCGAGGGGGACAAAGGAAGUCGGGGGGAGACGGGGUUGCAAGGACCCAAGGGAUUUCUCGGCCCCCGCGGACCUCCUGGACCACCGGGUCUUCCUACUUCCUCCCUCUUACUUAAUAACGAGGCUCUUGGCGCCACCUUCCAAGUCCUCAUGGACUCCCACGCCACCCUGAGGCCCGAGCACAACUCUCCAGGCAUAGACCUGCUCAUGCUGGACCAGGGCACGGACAUCUUCAAGACCUUGCAGCAUCUCAGCGCCCUGAUCCAGAGCCUGAAGAACCCGCUGGGGACCCGGGACAACCCGGCUCGGAUCUGCCGGGACCUCCAGAGCUGUGAGCAGAGGAUGUACGACGGCACUUACUGGAUCGAUCCAAACCUCGGCUGUGCCGCCGACACCAUUGAGGUGAUGUGCAACUUCACUGCCGGUGGACAGACGUGCCUGAAACCCAUCUCAGUAUCCCAGUUGGAGACGGGAGUGGGUCGCAUCCAGAUGAACUUCAUCCACCUGUUGAGCAUCGAGGCCGUGCAGCACAUCACCGUCCACUGCCUCAACACCCCCGUGUGGGCGGCGGGACCCUCCCUGCAGCCGUCGUCCAGGGCUCUGAGCUUUAAGGCCUGGACGGGGGAGGUGAUCCAGGCCGGCGACCUCCUGGAGCCACGCAUCCCCCAGGACGACUGCUGGAUCAAAGAUGGCCGCUGGCACCAGACCCACUUCAUCUUCCAGACCCAGGACCCCAACUUACUCCCCAUCGUGGACGUGUCCAACCUGCCGACCAGAGAACGUGCCGGGCGCUUCCACCUCGAGGUCGGACCCGUGUGCUUCCUGUAGGACCCCCUGCGGAAGGGCCCCGGGACUACUCGGCGUGGAGGGGGACGGGGGGGACGACUGAUGCUUCUGUGGUAUCCAGAACAACAGACCCCGUGUGUGGGGGGCCGAGGGGGGCGGCACCGGAGAAAGAAGGCCCGUUGAAAAAAAUGCAGAGAAAAGACUUCCCGCACUAAACAGCCUAUGGAAAACAAUAAUAUGCUUCUUCUUCUUUUUUAUUAUUAUCAGAGACUCCUUUGUGUGACACAAGACCCGAAUGCUUCUUUUUAGGAAGGCAGUAAUAUGAACGUCCCACCCUAUGUUGUAUCAUAUUUUCUUCACGGGCUGUGACCCAAUUUAGCACAAAAAAAGAAAAGAAAAAGCAAUCUGUACAGAAAUAUGGGACGGUGACAUCUGCAAAUGCAAUAAUUCCUAUUUUAAUGUUCAACUAUUUAUACAUGUAUAUGUGCUGUAUAUUGUAAUAUAAAGUGCAAUAGUUAUUUUUCCACAGCCUUAAGGCAUAUAUAUAUAUAUAUAUAUAUAUAUAUUAGAAGCAUCACAUCACUCAUUCAGGUAUGCCUCAGACACACAGUCUCCAGGUAAGUGUUUUUUAACCCCCUCCCUCCCCCCCCCCCCCCCUGCGUCUUUAUACCAGAUAACUUCACACAAUCACCUGCUGCGUGCUGCUUUCCGGGUGUCAAUGCACGGGAAGCCCCUCCACAGUGUGAGCCGAGAACAGUGUGUCAAGUUGCUACCUCGUACCGCACCGCUCAUCAAAAAGACGUGACACGGAUGUGACGCAGAGACGUGACACGGAGGUGACGCCUGACACUCGGUUGAUAAACUCUCGGCAAAGCUAGGUCUGUGCUUUGCUGGUCGAAAAAAGUAAAGAAAGAAAAAAAGGGGAAGAUUGUAAAAUAUACACGCAGGCCACAUUCAUUAAAUUAUAUUUUCAAGGUAUUAUUUGAACAUUUUAAAUAUUCUUUCUUCUGUCUGACACUAUAUAAGUUAAGUUCUUGUUAUCCGUCAAACUGUAAAUGUAAUUAUUCAGCCUUUAUUAUCUACAGUGGAUUCUAUUUAAAUUUGUAUUUAAAUUCUGGUUAGCUUUCCAGCUUCAAGUUAUUCAGAGCGUUACGGAUUCUACGCUCUGUGUUUGUUUUUGCUCCAAUUAAUCUGUCCGAGACGAUCAGCUGUAUUCUAGGACAUUACCGUCUGUAUUAUUUGCUGUUCACGCAUCCGUCAGAAAGGUGCGUCAGUGGCGAUUGGUCCCGCCCACCUAUAAACUCAGAGGAUUUAUUACAACGACGCGGUACAGGAGCUCAGUGUGUUUUACAUGUUUAAGCUGCGUGAAUGAAGUCUCACGACUCGGAACAGGUCAUUCAAUAAAAAAAGUCUGAAACCUUU